AUGGAUCCUCCAAACCCUCAGUUCUCAGACCUGGCGACAGCUUCAGCGCCAGAUGCCGACCAUACCUCGGCCGCGCCACCAAACACCAUCAGCGCCGACGAAAUCGCCCUCUAUGACCGCCAGAUCCGGCUGUGGGGCAUGAAGGCCCAGGAAAAGAUCCGCAGCGCCAAUAUCCUGCUGAUCACGAUGAAGGCGCUGGCCAACGAGAUCGCCAAGAACCUCGUACUGGCAGGCAUCGGCUCGCUGACCAUCCUCGACCCAGACGCCGUGACGCCCGCCGACCUGGGCGCCCAGUUCCUGCUGUCCGAGGAGACCACGCCGCUGGGCACCAACCGCGCGGCCGCAGCCUCGGCCGCCCUGCAACGCCUCAACCCGCGCGUGCGCAUCCACGUCGACACCGUCCCCGUGCAGCUCAAGCCGCCGUCCUUCUUCGCCCCCUUCGACAUCGUCAUCGCGACCGACCUCGACUCCCCCACCCUCAACAUCAUCAACACCGCCACACGCCUGCACAACCGCCCCUUCUACGCAGCCAACUCACACGGCCUGUACGGCUUCCUCUUCGCCGACCUCAUCGAGCACACCUUCUCCAUCACCCGCGCCCGCUCCAACGUACCCACCCCCCUGGGCCCCGAGCCGCGGUCCCGCACCUGCUCCGUGCUCGCCGUCCACCCCAAACCGGGCGAAGAAGACCGCACCGAGAUAGUCACCAAGCGCGAGCUGUACUCGACCUGGUACCUAGCAUCGGGCGCGUCGCAGCUCCCGGCCGACAUCCUGCGGUCGAACCGCCGUCGCCGCGUCGUCACCCCGCUGCUGUCGUGCUUCCGCGCUCUGUGGGAGUUUUCCUCGCUCCAAUCUGACCCGGCCACUGCUCUGCCGGGGACCCCGUCUCCACCUGCUUCCACCCUCCCACACACCGAUAACAAAGCCCAUCUGGCUCUCUUUACUCGGCUCUGUGGCGAGCAGCACAAAGCGUUGGGUCUGCCGGCCGAAACCCUACGCAGCGAGCUCCUGCGGUCGUUCCUCCAGCACGUAUCCAGCAGUAGCAAUCACCACAACCACGGCAACAACAACUCAAACGGCCUGACACCAACAGGUGCAACAACAGCGACAAGCACAAGUGAACUCGCCCCCGUAGCCGCGGUUCUCGGCGGCCAGCUAGCACAGGACGUGAUCAAUGUGCUGGGCGGCACACAGCCGCCGCUGCAGAACUUUGUCAUUUUUGACGGGGACGCCAUGGACGGGCCAAUGUUUGCGCUGCAUCCGGAGGGGGAGCUGGGCAAGGGGUUGUUGGUGAGUGCUGUGCCGGUGGAUUCGGUGGAUUCGGCGGGUGGCUCGGGGGUUGUUGGUGUGUAG